AUGGAUGAAGAUGGUUAUCCUUGCUACAAACGUCGAGAUACAGGACAAUAUACUCGACGCGAUGGAUUCGAAUUUGAUAAUCGAAGCGUUGUACCUCACAAUAAAGAAUUACUGCAACGUCUCAAUUGUCAUAUCAACGUUGAGGUUGUCUCAAAUAUAAAGGCUGUUAAAUAUCUUUAUAAAUACAUUUAUAAAGGCCCUGAUGCUGCCGCGAUUGUAAUUCAAGAAUCGGAUGAAAAUUCAAAUCAAGCAGUGAUUAAUCAUGAUGAAAUUAAAGAUUAUCUAGAAACACGGUAUGUCAGUCCUCCUGAAGCGUGUGCACGUAUUCUUAAUUUUCACAUGCACGACAAAAGUCACACUAUCACACGAUUGUCAAUACAUCUGCCGAAUCAACAAACAAUUAUGAUUGAUGAAAUUGAUAAUGAUGCAGCCAUUCAAAGUGCUUUGCGGAAAAAUACUACCUUGACUGCAUAUUUUACAUUAAACCAGUACGAUCGAGAAUCGAGGAAUUUUACAUACGCAGAAAUACCAGAGCAUUAUACAUUCAAAAAACAAAAUGCUGAGUGGAUCUGGGCAAAACGAAAAAAGCAUUUCAAUGUAAUUGGCCGGAUAUACUCGGUGAGUCCCACGCAGACAGAAUUAUUUCAUCUGAGAUUAUUAUUGAUACAUGUGAAAGGAGCAAUCAGUUUUGAGGAUUUAAGAACAGUAAAUGGAAUAUUGCACCCAACAUUCAUGAGUACAUGUCUUGCAUUAGGUUUGAUUGAAGAUGACAAUGAGUGGAUGACAGCCAUGCGUGAAGCUGAGAUCUGGAUGAUGCCAAGACAAUUGCGUCAAUUAUUUGUACGUAUUUUAAUGCAUUGCAAACCUAUUCAUCCCGAAGAGUUGUGGGAGGAAUUUAAAGAUUCAUUAGCGGAGGAUUACUCACGAACAAGCUCUCUUUAUCAAGCUCAUUUGAAAGCUUACAUUCAGAUUAACUCAUUAUUAACUGCUGAAGGAUCAAGUUUGGCAAACUUUCCAUCAAUGCCACAAAUUAAUGAUGUCGAUGAUAUUGACGAUGAUAUGUUACCGGAUCAACAUCGUAUCAUUGGGUCAGACCAGUAUCAAAAACUCAAUGAAAAACAAAAACAUGUUGUUGACACUGUUUUAAUUCGAAUCUUAAACACCACAACUGAUAAUGAAUCUCGAUGUAUUUUCAUUGACGGACCGGGAGGAUCGGGGAAAACAUUUAUCUACACAACCUUAUAUCAUUUGUUGCGAAGUCAAGACAAGAAAUUGUGCACUAUGGCUUACACUGGUAUCGCAGCAACUUUACUUCCACGUGGAAAAACGGUCCACAAAACAUUCAAAUUACCAAUUGCAUUGUAUCACGAUUCAUCACCAACUAUUAAAGUUCAAUCCACAGAGGCAAAUUAUUUAAAGAAUGUUGAUCUAUUUAUUUGGGAUGAAGCUCCAAUGGCACCGAGACAUGCACUAGAAUUAGUAGAUCGUACUUUACGGGAUAUUAUGGACAAUGAUCAGUCGUUUGGAGGAAAAAUUGUGUUACUCGGUGGUGAUUUUCGUCAGUUAUUACCAGUCAAAAAAUAUGCUACACGCAGUGAAGUAGUUAACUUGUCGAUCAAAUUCAGCUUCUUGUGGCAUGAAUUUACGCGCUUCUGUCUGACCGAAAAUAUGCGUACUUUACCGGAGGAAGUUGAAUUCACAAAUUUUCUAUUAGCAGUAGGUGAUGGGACUAUCAACAUUAACGAUUUCGAUUUAUGUCUGCCAGAAAAUUGUCUUGCUCCUCUGAAUGCUGAUAUUGUUGAGGAUACUUAUGGCGAAGUUAUCAGACAAGGAGAGUAUGAAAAAUUGACAAAGUGGGCAAUUUUAGCUGCAAGAAAUAAUGAUGUUGACGAUAUUAACAAGAAAGUUGUGGAAUUGCUAGACAAAACCACGGAAAGAAUUUAUACAAGUAUUAACACUAUAAAAGAAUGUGAUAAUGGAAUAAUGGCUGAAGCACUACUACCAGAAUAUCUGGAAACAUUGAAUCCUCCUAAUUUGCCACCACAUGAAUUGAAAUUAAGGGUUAAUGCAGUUGUGAUGUUAAUCAGAAAUCUCUCCGUUAAUGAAGGUUUAUGUAAUGGAACAAGACUCAGAAUUUUAGAAUUAUCGAAUCACUUACUAAAAUGCAAAGUUCUAACUGGUGAUAAA